GCUCCGUUUUGUCUUCUGAUUGACCGCUACAUAUAUGUUUUUCUGGGUGCUGAAUUUUCCCUCUGCAGGAAAGAAAUAAAGCGACACCAGGAGAGCGAGGAGAUAAAGAGGAAAAUAAGAGAGGUGGAGGAGAAAGUGUCAUUACAGCAGCUUCGCGGGAAAACUGGAUUGACAAAAAAAAAAAAAAAAAAAAAGGGAUCAAGAAGAAACUGAGCAAGUGGAGAGCGAUAGUUGCCAUAUAAUUUCCUGAGACCGUUCAUUUUAUUGGUUUGCUGCAAUUUAAAAGGAGGAGCCAUCAUGACGUCAGAAAUGCAGGAAAUCGCCAUCACAGAGGAAAAGCCUCUGCUUACGGGUCAGGGUGAUGCUGCCAAGGAUGCAGCUGAACUUGCUGCAAGGAUACUUCUGGACCAAGGACAGGAACACAGCGUUGAGACCCCGCAUGGUGUUCUACGUGUUACCCUGCAUGGGACACGGACCACCCGCAGGCCCGCCAUCCUAACCUUCCACGACGUUGGUCUGGACAGUAAGAGCUGCUUCUCUCCUCUCUUUAAAUUCGAGGAGAUGCAGGAGAUCGUGAAGAAUUUCACCCUGAUUCAUAUCGACGCUCCGGGACAAGAGGAGGGGGCCUCCGCCUACCCGCCAGGCUACCAGUAUCCCACCAUGGAGACCAUCGCAGAGAUGAUCCCUGCUGUGCUGCAGUUUUUCAACUUCCGUACCGUCAUUGGAGUGGGGGUGGGAGCAGGAGCGUACAUCCUCUCCAAGUUCACACUCGCUAAUCCAGAUUCAGUGGAGGGUCUGGUUCUGAUUAACAUCGACACUAACGCUAAAGGAUGGAUGGACUGGGCCGCUCACAAGCUGAGUUCGGUGACUUCCUCCCUCACAGAGCAGAUCCUGUGUCACCUUUUUAGUCAGGAGGAGCUGUCAUCGAACACAGACUUAGUGACGUCUCACAGAGAGCGCAUCUCCAAAGCGCCUAAUCUGGCCAACAUUGAGCUCUUCUGGAAAACGUACAACAGCCGCAGAGAUCUGAACCUGGAUCGCAACUACACCUUCAAGUGUCCAGUGAUGCUGGUGGUGGGUGAUCAGGCUCCAUACGAAGAGGCCGCUGUGGAGUGCAACAGCAAGCUGGACCCAACAUCCACUUCCUUCCUGAAGAUGGCCGAUGCAGGCGGCCUACCUCAGCUCACUCAGCCAGCUAAACUCACUGAGGCUUUCAAAUAUUUCAUCCAAGGCAUGGGCUACAGUAAGUUCAUUUUUUCUGAUCAAUCAUUUCAUAGUGAAACAUCCUAGUCCUUGAUCAUACCU